UUUUAGUAAAAGUAAGAAUGUAGCUACAAAACCAACUUAAUAUCAUCAUGGCAUCUUCAGAAAGUUCAGUGACAUUACUGGCUAGUGUAAUAAAACAGUUAUCGAGUUCUGAUGAUGUCAAAAGUCGAGAAUUUGAGAAAGAAAAGAUACAAUUAGAUUUAAAAAAUGCAGAUGAAAAGCUAGCAGAACUUGUGGAAGAAAACCAAGAUCAUUUGAAAAAGACAAUACAAUCGUUUGGAUCUGUUGUAACAAGAGUAACAGCAUCUAGAAACAGAAUAAUGGUUCUUCAUGAAAAAUUGUCAAGAUGUCGAACAUUAUUGCAUUGCAAUCGAGAGGAUCUAAAAACUCACUGGCAAGAAGGCUUAGAAUGUACAGAGAAACUAAGUUUGCUUGAUAAAAUUGAGAAGGCAAUAGCUGUUCCUGAAAAGUUGGACCGCUAUAUAGCUAGAAAACAUUUUCUACAUGCAUCAGAACUGUUAACAGAAACAGUUGAAAAUUUAGAUGGAAACUUAGUAAAUGUUGAAGCUUUGCGAGAUUUACGGGCGAGUUUACACUCAAGGAAAGCGGUUCUUCAUGAAACAAUCAUUGAUGAACUCAAUAAGCAGAUCUACACAGAAUCACAAAAACAUGUUAAAAAGAACAUUUCUUCUGAUACAAACACUGCUGCCUUUAAAAGAAUUAUCCAUGGAAAGUCACACCCUAAAGUUGUUAAAAAUGAUGAGAUCCCAUAUUAUACAGAUGAAGAGCUGUAUGAGGACCUGCAACGAGAUCCUGAAGAAGACCCGGCAUUAUUUACGUAUUUAAUGGUAAAAGCUUUGGUUGUUUUGGAUAAAGUUCCAGAAGCUGUGGAAGCUUUUAAAGGACGUACCAAAAGAGAUAUGAUGAUGAUUAUCAGACGUGCAACUGACCAAGUUGCCAAAAGAUCAAUUGAGUCCCGUGAUGCAGUGACAAUUGAGGAAAUGGCAAUAAAGAUUAAUCCACAAGUAUUAUUAGAACUUUUAGAAGUUACGUUUGAACGAUUCAGAAGUGUAGCUAUGAACCAUUCUAUAUUACUUGCAGCGCUUGAACAAGCCAAAUUAAAGAUGCCUGAACAGAAAGCGAAAGAUCUAAGUCUUUAUACGAAAGGAGAUAUUUGGUCAAAAAUACAAUUUGCUAUUAAAGAUAUGUUACAUCCUUAUUUGGAUAUCCAAAACUUAUCUACACCACAACAAGCAUUAACAUCCUUUGGAAGCAGUGAUAGCGCUGUUGCACAAUUUUUUACAGCCAAAAAGAGAUUGACGACGUCAUAUACAAAGCCGAAACGAUUUCAUCUAUUUAAAUUUGAAUGUUCGUCUUCUUCAGAAGCUUUACAUAGUUACAUGAGAGAACAAGACCUUGCAUCAAGUUUACCAGAAGACACCUAUGCAGAUUUUAUUGUGUGGAAUGCACCUCAGUUGCUUUGCAAACCACAAGCUAAAAAUAUUACAGCUGUCUUUAUUCCUGUGAUGGAAUUUGUGAAGGAAAUAGACCGAAAGACGUCUUCGACUUUAGGAACCACCGGCGUAUUACACCAUUUUGUUGGAGAUUUUGUUCAAAAAGUAUUUUUAGAUCAAAUUCUGUAUGAGGUUUCUGAAAAAGCAAGUGCUGUUACCAAAGGUCAUGAUGCAUUGCGGAAUUUGUGUGAUAGUAACACACAGAAAGAUUUAAUUUUACCAAGGCCGCUAUUAAAGAGUGCAAUUGUUAUCUACCACAUCACGGAAGAUUUACUCUUACUAAUCAAGAAACUACCGCAAUAUUGCAAUGACUUCUUAGACAUUAUCAUUCGAACAUUGAACGAGUAUUUAGAUUCAUGCAAUCUACAGUAUAAAAGCUUGGUCCUACGUGAGGGAGACGGGAAAGUUUCACGGAUUAUUAGUGCAAAUUGGGUCCGUGAUGAAGACAUCAGUAGGUUGCUCAUGUCACUACCUAACUGGGCGAGUCUCCAGGCAGGAAAUAAACAGGGAGAAAUAGAAGAUGAGGCUACGUUGCAAGCAAUUCAUGAUCGGGAAGCUUCGCUACUUAUUAAUAAUUUGGAAAAAGCUGAAAUUGAGAAGAACCAAGUCAUCUUGGACAGUUUGGAUUUGAAAUCACUUGCUAACCUGCAAGAGAGUUUAGAAUGGCUAUCUGAUAAUAUUCGAACAUUUGUAAUCAAUAUUGCAGCUCAAUCCACUGGAAUCAAUGUCUCAAGUUUGGAUAGUACAGAUAAUAUUAUGCCUCCACAAAUACAUCCUUCAUCAGACGAUUCUAUAAGGGCGUUGUCAGAUCUUGCUGAAAAGUUUAAAGAGCUGUCAAAUAAUUGUAUUUUGUUGCUUCACCUUGAAAUACGUUGUCACUGUUUUUAUUAUUUGGGUAAAGCCACGCGUGAGUCAAGUUUCGUGUGCCACAUGGAUUCCAUAGAAAUUGAUGUACAAAUACCACAAAUGGUGAAAGAUUUAAGAGAUAUCGAAGAUUUAUGUGUCAGCGCCCUUGUCCCAAGAAAAAUAAGAUAUUUAUUUGAUGGUUUGGGUUACCUCCUCGCGUCUAUCAUUAUUUCAAGUACAAGUUAUAUCAAGAAAAUUAACAGGAAUGGCGUAAAGAAAAUGUGUCAAAACAUAUUUACCAUCCAACAAGAAUUAGCAAAUAUUAUGGCGCGAAGAGAAAUUAAUUUAGAUUUAGCAAGACAAUAUUUCGAAUUGCUGUUUCUAACACCGGACGAAAUAUUAAAUAUGAUUCAUGAACAAGGGAGUCGAUUUAAAGAACAGGACUAUUCAAAUGCGUUAGAAUUAUUAAGUCGAAGCGAAGUUCCCUUCAACAAAGAUUUAUGGAAAGUUCGUCGGAGUAAGUUAAGCGAAAUUCUAAAAGAAAUCGAGAAGAAGAAAACCUGAAAAAAAUUUUGUUAUAUAAAUAAAUAGUAAUUGUAUAUAAAUAUAUGCGAAUUAUUUUUUAAUACUCUGCCAGCGAAGAGAAUUAAUUUUACAAGUUUUAAAAGAAAAAGCUAGUAGCAUAAACUGU